GGCGGAGAGCGGAAGGGGUGGGCGGAUCCGGAAGCGGAACGGGUAAAGGCGGAAGUGAGGGCUGAGGCCUGCGAGUCUCACCUGCGGCGGGGGGCGCGGCGCUGUGGGCGUUGCAACCUGCCUCCAGGUGGAUCCCAGCGCAGAACCGCGGCAUCCCUCCCUCUUGGCACUCCUGCACUUAGGCCACCACGAUGGCAGGUCGAGGUGGAGCUGCUCGACCGAAUGGACCAGCUGCUGGAAACAAAAUCUGCCAGUUUAAACUUGUUCUUUUGGGAGAAUCGGCAGUGGGGAAGUCCAGCCUGGUUCUGCGCUUUGUGAAAGGGCAGUUCCACGAAUAUCAGGAGAGCACGAUUGGAGCUGCCUUCCUAACACAGACAGUUUGUCUGGAUGACACAACGGUGAAGUUUGAAAUAUGGGAUACGGCCGGACAGGAGCGAUAUCACAGCCUGGCACCAAUGUAUUACCGAGGCGCCCAGGCAGCCAUCGUUGUCUAUGACAUCACUAACACAGACACGUUUGUACGAGCCAAGAACUGGGUGAAAGAGUUGCAGAGGCAGGCUAGCCCCAAUAUUGUAAUUGCACUAGCGGGAAACAAGGCAGAUCUUGCUACCAAGAGAGCUGUGGACUUCCAGGAUGCACAAACAUAUGCAGAUGACAACAGCUUGCUGUUCAUGGAGACGUCGGCGAAGACAGCGAUGAAUGUGAAUGAAAUCUUCAUGGCAAUAGCCAAGAAACUGCCAAAAAAUGAACCCCAGAACGCUCCUGGUGGCCCAGGUAGGAAUCGGGUGGUGGACCUUCAGGAGAGCAGUCAGCCUAGCAGGAGCCAGUGCUGCAGCAAUUGAGCAGCCAUUCCCACCUGACGGAGCCCUCGAAUGACGUGACUGGAAUCCACGCUAACAAUCGCACUUACCGUAGAGUGGCUGCUACCGGUGGCUGCUGUGAUUUUCUCCAUCCCUUUCUGAUCAUAGGCUGGAGGGAGUUCUUCCACCUGCACCUUUCUGUACAAAUACUAAUUCAAUUCUAAGUCUUAA